GCCACGUACACAAUUAAUUGGAUGGAAACAUUGCAACUUCGAGGUGAUGACCUGACAGGAAGUCGUGUUUUUUCAAACAAGAUGGUUGCAGUGUUUGGAGGACAUGAAUGUGCAGACGUACCUGUAGGUAAAGGUGAUUGUGAUCAUCUAGUCGAGCAGGUGCCUCCGAUUACAACGCUUGGUAAGCAUUUUGCCACUGUACCGUUAGCAAUGCGAACAGGAGGAGACAGAUAUCGUGCAAUAGCAUCACAACAUGGCACUAAUGUUACAAUCAAUGGGCGGUUACAGGCAUCUAAUUUGUUAGCAGGACAAUUCAACGAAUUCCAGGCUUCUUCUAAGGCAUUUCUGUCAAUUGAAUCCACUCGGCCAAUACUACUAAUGCAGUACUCACAGGGCUCAUCUGUUGACCGCACGAAUUCUGACCCAUUCAUGUUGAUGAUCCCUCCAAUCGAGCAAUACAGAUCAAGAUAUAUCAUCAGUACACCACCAGCUCGGCCAGUAACGUUCAGUAACUACUUAGCGAUUAUUGUGAGAUACGAUAAAAAGGAUGGGCUGAGACUUGAUAAUCAACCGUUACCUUCUUCUGUUUUGUGGAGAAACAUUACUGGUCAGACACUUGCAGGAACUAAUGUACCAAUAUCUAUAGGAUCACAUAUAGUCCAUCAUGUGGAUAAGAGCAACUUUGGACUGAAUAUUUAUGGUUUUCAAGAUGACGAUUCAUACGGAUAUCCUGGAGGACUGCAAUUAAUGGCACAGUGUGUAGUAAAGGUGCCUGAUCAAAUUACAGAUAUAGACGAAUGUGCUCCAAACAAUGGUCGAGGUCCUUGCCAAUUCUUGUGCACUAACACAUUUGGAUCAUUCCAGUGUUCUUGCCAACAAGGUUACUUCUUACAAGCUGAUCGAGUCUCGUGCCUUCAAUCUACUCAGGAGUGCCUUUGUUCAAGCAAAGGCAAUGGAAUAUGUAUAAGAGGUGGUUUAUGUGAAUGUACAAUAGGAUGGGGUGGUAUAACGUGCAGCGAUCCGCAAUGUCAUCUUCUCAAUGAAUGCUCUGGCAAAGGAAUUUGCAUUGGACCUAACAAGUGUGAGUGCGACAGGGGUUGGACAAGUUUUGCCUGUGCUGUCAGUACUUGUCCACAAUUUACUACGUGUUCUGCUUGCUCUCAAGUACCCGACUGUGGCUGGUGUGACUCACAACAGAAGUGCAUGACAGGGACAGGGUUUGGACCAUCAGACAAAGACACUUCAUGCCCUGAAUGGUUCUUCUACAGUUGCGUAACGGUGAAAGAUACCUUAGUUGACGGAAAUACCAUCAUUUCAUUCAACCCUUUCUCUGACCGAAUUCAUGUAAUUGACUGUGAUGAGAGUUGUAUUGACUCCUCUGUGGCAAAUCGUGGUAACAGCCUUACAACUCCAGGAAGCCAAAUGUCCUGUGAUCGCCGUAAACGAGCAUGUAGACGCUUCUCUAGCUGCUAUAAAGAACGGCCAGAUUUAGCAUGUGCUAUAACCAACAACCUCAACUGUCGAGUCCACUCUGAGAUACAAUGUCCUAAUGGUCAACCGCCAUUUGACAGACUUAUUGUCAGCCCAACAAAUCAAUCAAAUAUGAUAACAGGAGGUGGAAAGGAUGUCUUUGGAAAACUUGUGAUCUCUCCAGCAGAUGGUGGCAUUGCAAACACAAAAAUAGACUUCAAGUUUCACGUCUAUUGUGCUACCUUCCAAGAUUUGUCAGAUUGGAAUGACUACGGCUGUUUCUGUGAUUCAUUCAAGAAUGCAAGCUUGGUAACAGAAAGACAAACAGUCGAUGAAACUGACGAGUGCUGUAAAGCACACAAUCAAUGUUAUGCUGCUGCUCCAUCCAGUUGUGAUUGUCACAAAGUACAAUCACUUGCAUUCAAUGCAGGAUGUAACAACUGGAAGUCGGCUAAAGGAUUCUGCCGAGAUCUGUCUCUCACUAGUCAAAAUGGUGCAUGUAAACAUUACUGUUGCCAGUGUGAUUUUGCUGGAGCUGAAUGUCUAGCACAAACUAGAAACACAAAGGCAGACAAAUUGUGGCGCAACUGGUUAGAUCCAACAAAGAGCCAGUGCAAUCAGAGGUGUGGAAGAGUUCCUGGAUGUGACUGCAAAACAGCAUGUUCUGGCAACGGAGUUAUUGAAAGUGUGGGACGUGACUCAGUCUGUCUCUGUUUUCCUGAAUGGCAAGGACAAUGCUGUGACCAACCUGACUGUUCAUGUCACAAUGCUGAUGAUCAAGACUGUUCAGGAAAUGGUGUUUGUAGACAAGCACUAGGAGACAGUAAUUCAUCCUGUAUUUGCAGUGAAGGCUGGACAGGACGUUGCUGUGAUGCCAGAAUACCUGUGACAAGGGCAGGUGACCCACAUCUAUCUACAGUUGAUGGACGAGAAUUUGAUUAUUUUGGAAUUGGGGAGUUUUGGGACUGCAGAAGCAAAGAGAAUGACUUUGGUGUGCAGAUAAGAUUCUUUGGCUACAAAACAACAUCCUUCACUGGUGCAGUUGCUAUCAAGACAGGAAACAUGACAACAACCAUCUACACACUCAACAACUCUGCUGGACAAAACAAUUUGCCUAAACUACGGAUAAAUGGAACACUUUUGAAUGAUACCUGGGACGAUUAUCCUACCAUUUAUGCUAUUGAUCCAGACUAUGUGAAACUUUAUGUACAACCAACUAGAGGUCUAGGUUCUGUGGUGCAGUAUCUCUUUCAGUUCAACUCUGGUGUCACAUACACGGUAGAUGUUCGAUACAGCAGCAUGCUGGAAAGACAAUAUAUUGACACGGAAACAAGACUGGUUGCUUCCUUCCUACGUCAAACAGAAGGUCUGUGUGGGUACAUGGAUAAUAAUAUGGAGAACGAUUUGGUCACACCUGAUGGAAAACAGCUGACCAACACAACAACCUUUGCAGAAUCAUGGCGUGUUGACCUGAGGGUUACCAAAACAGAUGACAAUGUAUGGUCAUGGACGUAUUCUAACUUUCAUCCUGAUGAUCCACUUGAUUUUUCGUACACAAAUCCAUAUCACAGGACCAUAUAUGGGACAGAACAGCUAAAUGGCACAGAAAGGAAGGAAGCAGAAAGAGAGUGUGCUACCAUUGUAUUGCAAGGAAAGCUUCUUAAUGAUUGCAUUUUGGAUAGAGCAUUAACUGGAGACAAAACAAUUAUACACCAGAAGGCAUUUCAACAAGGAAAAUGUCCUAAUGAUUGCUCUAAUCGAGGACGAUGCAGCAAUAGAUCAUGCAUUUGUAUUGACAGCUGGAUGGGCGAAGACUGCAGUCUGGGUGGCUGUGACAACUGUUCCACAAACAGUCAGUGCGUUAAUGGUUUCUGUAGAUGUAAUUUUGGCUACUUUGGAACAAAUUGCUCAAAAGCUACAUGCGAGAUGGUCAAUAACUGUACCAAUGCAACACAUGGACUAUGCAAGGCUCCCAAUAUCUGUCAAUGUAACACAGGCUAUCUGGGUGAUGAUUGCAGAACACCAGCAAUAUGUAGUCACAACUGUUCGUAUCAAGGCACUUGUAUUGAAGACAAUAAAUGUCUUUGCUAUUACGGAUGGGGAGGAAGCACUUGCAACAAGAGAACAUGCGAGAACUUGGCAUACUGUUCUGGUCAUGGCACUUGUCGUUCUGAUGGAACAUGUCAUUGCAGUGCAGGCUGGCGUGGAAGUUCAUGCGAUCUGUUCAGUUGUGAUGGUGUUGGUGACUGUUAUGGUCAUGGAGAUUGCAUCGAAGUAAACAAAUGUAGCUGCUAUGUUGGUUAUACUGGAGUAGCUUGCAACGUCUCUACUUCAUGUCCAUCCAAACGAAAUUGCAAUAACAAUGGUGUGUGUAUAAAUGCAGACACGUGUCUCUGUUUCACUGGAUACUUCGGUGAUGAAUGUGAGACAUUUGAAUGCAGUCAGGGAUGCUCAGGUCGAGGCACUUGUGAAGCACCAGAUAUCUGCUCUUGUAUUCUUGGCUGGACUGGAUCAGAUUGUUCAAUACCAUCAUGCGAGCAACUGCACUUUUGCUCAGGUAAUGGAAAAUGUGUUGGUCCUGACACUUGUCAAUGUGAUGAUGGAUGGGGUGGAUGGCUGUGCACUGAUUUCGACUGUAGCUCUGGCAACAGAAGUGGUAAUUGCUCUUUUAAUGGCAACUGUUCUACACCAGGAGUUUGUGCUUGCAACUUUGGCUAUUGUGGAGAUGACUGUCAAUACCUAAUCAUAAAUGAGUGUGAUGGCCUCUUGAAUAAUGCUACCACUAUAUAUCCAUGUGAUCAGAUCUGCAUUAAUACGUGUGAAUCGUAUCAGUGUGCCUGUUCAGCUGGUUAUAUUUUGACUGAUGACCUUACAACGUGUCAAGACAUUGAUGAGUGCAAUACAACUGCCUUGGCCAUUCGCUUGAACAAGUGUGAACAGUUGUGCUUCAAUAUCCCAGGAUCCUACUACUGCAACUGUAGUGCCGGUUACAGGCUUUCAAAUGAUCAAGGUUCUUGUGUUGAUGUCGAUGAGUGUGGUGUAAGUGACCUUUGUAGUCAGCAGUGCACAAACAUAGUUGGCUCAUACAACUGCAGCUGUAGAAAUGGUUAUCGACUCGAUGAUGACCAAGUAAUGUGUGAUGACAUCAAUGAGUGCGACACUACUGCCUUCGACAUUCACUCAAACAACUGUGAACAAUUGUGCAUCAAUGUUCCAGGAUCCUACUACUGCUCCUGUAAUGCUGGUUACCGACUUUCAGAUGACAAAAGUUCUUGUGUUGAUGUCGAUGAGUGUGAACUAAGUAACCGUUGCAAUCAACAGUGCACAAACAUGGUUGGCUCUUACAAAUGCAGUUGCAGAAGUGGGUAUCGACUCAGUGAUGAUCAAAGGACUUGUGAUGACGUUGAUGAGUGCAAGGAAAACAGUUCUGACUGCUCAGACUAUUGUUCCAACACAAUUGGCUCAUUCGUGUGUGACUGCACAAAUGAUGAGCUACUGGCAAGAAAUGGCAAGACCUGCAUAGACCUUCUGACAAGAGAUUUCAUCGUUAGUGCAACACAAGCAACACUUUCAAACAUCUCUAGUGAAGAGUUUGAGAAGCGACAGUCAGUAUUUUACCAGAUUGUUACUCAAGAAGUGUCAAGUUAUUGUCAACUUUCCGCAAACAACAGAUGUGGCAAUGUCACUGAAAACAUAAAGGCAAAUCUCUAUCUGCAGUUUGUAUCAGCAGUCUCUCACAACAAUUCACUUGCUGUCACUUUCCAUGUUUUCUCAGUCGACGUUUCUACACAUGCAAUCUUCGUAAUUCCACCCGAUCAAGUUGUUUUUGUUCUAACCAACAGCAAUGCACUACAAAUGGCUGGAUUUGUAGUAGUCAGAUUAGCUGCUGUCUUCUUUCCACCAUCAACAGAAACACCUACAGAGAGUACCAAAUCCAGUGGCUCCUUGAACACCGUUGCUGCUGUGGUUGGAAGCAUUGUUGGUGUUGGAGUGCCCAUACUUCUCUUGGUCAGUUAUGGGAUCUACCGCAACAUCAAGAAAACAAGAAAGGCAUAUGUUUUAUAGGAUCAGAGGACAAGCUGACAUGCGCGUGGCCUCAUUCAAUAUGUAAUUUUAUGCAGAAUACUAUCCCUAGUGUUUUUUUAUAAUUCUGCUUACUAUACAUGUGGAAACUGACUCAUUUGUGAGUUGCGCUGAUCUUAGUGUCACCUGUGGUUCUUGGUCUUACCUGGUAUGCAAAAUACAACACAGAGUUAGUCAGACUUUAACAUUUAUUAUUAUACUAGACUCUGGAGCGGCGGAAACUCCUUUGGAUUGGGGAAUUUGUAAUAGACCGCCGCCAUUUUGAUUCUAUCUGAAUGUGUUUGGUUUGUCAUUGAUUAAUCUGUGACAGAAGUAGCCAGAGUAGCAAGCAGACAGAUGA